AUGCGUGCGGGCCGUGCCAACACUGAUGGCAGCUUCACGCGUAUCCACUGGGCGUUUGCAGAAAUCGACACCUCGGACCGGUCGGUGAAGAUCAGGGAUUACUACAAGCAGUGGGAUAAAUUCAAGAACGUGCUCAAUUCCAAGAAGAUCAUCUCGCCCAAGUUCUCGAAGAAUAUUGCAAAGUUUCUUUCCGACGAGAGCCUCGACGGCGUGGACUUUGACCGGGAAUAUCCAGAAGCGAUGGACAUUGAUGGAACACCACCGGAUCUGCCAUCGGACGGCCCCCAUUACCUCAAAUUCUUAGAUUACGAUCCGACGAACGCUGCCGGCUGGGAAAUCGCUGUCGAUUGCAGCACCGGGCUCGUACUGGACAAUGGGAUGCUGGAAAUCCUUGGUCGAUUGAAGGCUGCCCGGCAGGAAACUGCCUGCGGAGCCAUGGCUACAUAUACUCUGGCGAUGAUCACCAAGGCCGGUGUGCCGACCAACAAGAUCAUUGUGGGCGAGUCAAGUUAUGGACGCACAUUCAAGAUGUCACAGGCGGGCUGCACCGGUCCCAUGUGCACUUUUGAGGGCGACCGAUUGAAGAUCAAUGACAUUAUCGACUUGCAUCUCAACGUAAAGACCUGGCAUGACGGGGCCUCCAACUCGGACAUGGUGGUUUACGACGACACUGAAUGGGUCGCGUACAUGUCAGAUACGACCAAGGACCCCCGUCGCAGCCAUUGGAAGGGACUCAACUUCAUCUGCAAAAAAUUCAUCAAUGAUGACUACAGCUCCGAUGUCUUGGACCCUGCCCCCGAACCGGAGAAAUUACCCUUUGCAGGCUUUGCAGGCCACCCUCGCCACUCGCUCUCCCGUUACGAUAUCAUGAUGGCUGACGGGUACGAUGGCAAAUUCAACACGUACGCCGGCGCCGUCGUCCAGGGCAGUACAAAGGUGGUGGAUGAGUUUAUGCUUGACAAGGGCAACAAGUCCUUUGGCUGUAUUGUGACGGAGACCAUCACCUGCUGUAACUACUGCCUGGACAUGUGGCGGGAGAAGGAAUACACGGACGGCGAGCCCCCGGAGUGCCGCUACCGCAACAUCAGCCAGGCCUGUCCUCCAAAUUGCUCGCAACGAGCCGAGAUGCCUCCAGCCAAGGGGCUCCGGUACACCCAGUCCGUUUACUGCACUUUGCAUGAUGACAAGGCCGAGCAGUUCUGGGCCGACCUGUACUCUGAGACGGGUGCCACGCAGGACGAUAUUACCUGGGAAAACGUGCAUCACUUCGGCUGUGCGCCGACAGACAAACACUGCAGAGAUCAGAACUGGGACUACAACUUCCCCGUGCCAAGGGUUAUAAGCGGGAGGAUGUGA